CACUUCCUUAAGUCACAGAAACAGCCGAGCGCGCUUGGUGAGAGGGAAGUGCAAGACCUGAAAGUGCAUAAGAAAGAAAAAAUAUUUACAUAUAACAAAGAUAUAGGAUGUACAAAAAUUACUAGCGAUCGAAUGAGAUUUAUUGCUAUCACUCCCAACCAACAAGGCAUAUAUUUUCAUUUCUAAUAAAUAUAGUCCAGCUAACUUUCGAUAAGAGUGUAGCUAGCGCGACGGAUAGCCAGCGAAGUAUCGCGCCACACCGCUGCUCGUGCUUUCAAAAAAGGCGUCGCGUCGGGGGGUGAAAACAGCAAAAUAAGUGUGGGGAGCAUGUGGAGCUGGUGAAUGGUGCCACAUAACGCCGUUUACGCCAUCGCUAACCGAAUCGGGAGGCUUGCGAAGUGAAAUAAAAGUUGCUCUCCCCAGGCCUGUCGGGAGCGACUGACUGUCGUAUGUAUAGACAAGCGGCGUGGGCUGUCUGUCAGAAAGAGGAAAGAUGUCGGCUCAGGCGCAAAUGCGAGCGAUGCUGGACCAGCUAAUGGGCACGGGCAGAGACGGAGAUAGCAUGCGACAGAGGAUCAAGUUUACAGAUGAGAGAGUGUGUAAAAGUCACCUGCUGGACUCCUGCCCUCAUGACAUUCUGUCAGGCACCCGCAUGGACCUGGGGGAGUGUGUUAAGGUUCACGACCUGGCGCUAAGGGCAGACUACGAGAUCGCCUCCAAGCAACAGGAAUACUUCUUUGAGCUCGACGCCGCGGAGCACCUGCAGUCCUUCAUCGCGGAUUGCGACAGGAGGACAGAGCUGGCGAAGAAGCGGCUGGCGGAGACGCAGGAGGAGAUCAGCGCGGAGGUGGCCGCCAAGGCGGAGCGAGUGCACGAGCUGAACGAGGAGAUCGGUAAGCUGCUGGCCCGGGCGGAGCAGCUGGGAGGCGAGGGCAACGUGGAGGAGGCGCAGCAGGUCCUGGAGAAGGUGGAGAAGACCCGGGCCCUGAAGAGGGAGGCGGAGGAUAUAUACAGGAACUCAAUGCCGGCUUCCAGUUUCCAGCAGCAGAAGCUCAGGGUGUGUGAGGUCUGCUCUGCCUACCUGGGUCUCCAUGACAACGACCGUCGUCUGGCUGACCACUUCGGGGGGAAGCUUCACCUGGGCUUCAUCGAGAUCCGCGAGAAGCUGGAGAGGCUCAGGGAAUCACAGCUCCCAAAAAGAUGCACUUAUUUGCUUGACGGAUUUCCUUUUGAAAGCCUCGGCUUGACAAAAGUGGUUGCUGAGAAACAGGAGCGGAUGCGAAUGAGAAGGAGAGAGGAACGAGAUCGGGAAGAGGAGAGAGAGAGGGAGUGGGAGAUGGAACGGGAGCGGGAACGUGAGAGGGAGCGUGAGCGGGAGAGAGACCGAGAAAGGGAGAGGCGGAGAACAAGGUCAAGAAGUGGUGAUCGAUACAGGGAUGGAGGUAGCUCAUCAGCACAUCGCUCCCGGCGCCAUCGCUCCUCUCGUUCGCGAGAGGAGGGGGCUGAGAAGGACAGAGAGAGGAGACAUAGACAUAGGGAGAGACAUCGCUCACACUCUCAUUCUCACAGGAGCAAGAAGAAAAGGUCUUCCAGAGACAGAGCGUCACACCCCAGUGAGAGGAAUCAGCCACAGUCAUGGGAGAGAGCCAAAGAUGGAGGAUUCCGGGCAGGGGAGGGCUGGAGAGAUGAAGAGCUGAUGGAACGAGGGCGGUCAAUUUCACCUGAGAUGGCGAGGGGAAAAGACUGUGCUCAGAGGAAGAGAUCUGUCUCUCCGGAGAGAGAUAGGCGCUCCAGCUCUGAAGAGAGAGAAUCUGGGGAGAUCUAGAUGCAGACAGUGUGGAUGAGAAGUUGCCAGAUGGGGUGUUUGUGUUGUACAUACGGUAUAUAUAUAAAUAUAACAACAGGGAGGAGUAUAAAUUUGAUGAGAGGAUGGGGGACACUAGGAGGUGGAGUUAUGUAAGAUGCUAGAGCCCAAAUGGGGGGGGUGGGGGGUGGAGGGAUGAGACCACACUGGAAUUUGGGAGGGAGGAGGUGGCGUAGUGGGUUUGAGAGAGGAAAUGAUCCGACUCUGUUUGGAUGUGAGAGAUUAUCAACAAUAAGGCAGGCAACAAAAGGAUUUUUUUUUUUUUUACUGAAAAGAUUCUACGCAAUGCCUGUUUAUUUUUAUUUUAUCAUUGCUGUUGGUUUUUUAAGAUUACCUGUUCUGCUGAUUCUCUUGACAUGGUGGCUGUGUAUAUGCAUUUCAAAACAUGGAUUCCAAACCAUUAAACCCCAGCUACAAUUUCUCUGAUGUGUACCCAUACAUCCCUUUGACACAGGAAAAUGCAAGCUUAAUAUUACAUUGUCCAUGUAUGUUAAAUAUGUAUGCAGGAUAAGGUAUGUGUGGUUAUGAAUGCAUUUUUCAUUUCAACAAAUAGUGACGAGCAUUUGCAUAAUGGGGAAAAAACACAAAACUUUGUCCCGGUGCAGUACUUUUCAAGUGUCUGAUGCAUCUUUCUACAGUCCAUACUGAUUAAAUAAAAUUUUGGGUUCCAUUA